CAACAGUUCAACGUUUGCUUCGUGGGAAGCAAACAUCUGUUCGAGCACCCCGACAUCAACGAUAUCAGCUACAUCCCAGCUCGAGACCACCAGGGCAACUUGGGGUGGAACGUCAACGUGGGCGGCCUCCUCUCCAGCUCCCGCUGCGAGUUUGCGGCUCCCCUUGACGCCUGGGUGCCGCUGGAGGGCAGCUGGGAGGUAGGAGCAAGCAUACUCUCUGUGUUCCGAGACUGGGGGUACCGGUACAACCCCAGGACGAAGAGCAGGCUUGCCUUCCUGCUCGACGACAUGGGAGCUGCCGCGUUCAGAGAGGAAGUGGGGAGGAGGUACAGCGAGCUGACCGGGACGAGGCUGCAGGGAGCAGGGAGUAGCCUCGUGCCCAGCAGGUGGGAGAGGAGGGAGGUCCUCGGGGUGCACAAGCAGAAGGAUGGGAGGAACUGGCUGGGCGUGCACGUGCCGGUCGGGCGGAUCUACCCGGACGAGCUGCUUGCUCUGAUCGAGCUGAGCGAGGAGUUUGGAGAAGGAGAGAUGCGGAUGACGGUAGAGGGCAACCUGAUCAUCCCGCAUGUAGAGGACAGCAAAGUAUCGGAUGCCGUCAAGGCCCUAGAGCAGACCCUCCCCUCCUUCUCGCUUUACCCGCAGCCGCUGCUUGCUGGAACUGUUGCUUGCACGGGUAGUCAGUUCUGCGGGCAAUCGAAGAUCAACACUAAGGGGCAUGCGAGGAGGAUGGCGGAGGAGCUCGACCGGGAGCUCUCGCUUCCUCGACCUGUCAGGAUCCACUGGACUGGCUGUCCCAACACAUGCGGGCAGGUGCAGCUGGGAGACAUCGGGCUGCUCGGAACUGUAGGAAGGGACUCGAGCGGGCAGGCGGUGGAGGCGGUGGACGUGUACCUCGGAGGAGGAGUAGGGCAGGAGGGGAGUUUGGGGAGGCUGUACAAGCAAAGUGUGUGUGUAGAGGAGGAGCUGAAAGUUGAGCUGCGAGCGAUUUUGAUGGAGAAGUUCGGAGCUACGAGACGACAACAGUAG